UUAUGUAAUACCCAAAACUGAUAUAGAUUUUGAUUUAUCUGGUAAAAAGUCAAAUCUAACUAAGGGAGACCGAAUAGAAUUUGUUGAUGUGACAAAGGAACUCAAAAAGGACAUAGACUUAUUAUAUUAUCUCCAAAAUAAAAUUAUUGGCCUUUGUGCCAGAUUUAUCAACUAUGACGAUAGAUACCAACCACCGCUCUCUGAUAAGAUCCGGCAACUCAAAGACUCGGAUGAGAAAUAUAAGCAAAUUGACGAGUAUUCUCAGAAAAAAGUCAAGAAAUGGCUUGAGGAAUAUGUAGAUGGCUUGAGUGGUAUUAGUCCCAAAAUGAUGCUUAAUCGUGGAUAUGCUUACAAACGUGCUUACAAGAAUGCAAUCAAAACCGCACAAUCUAUAUUACAUCAGAAGAUAGGUAAUACCUAUGAGAUAUUUCAUGGGGAAUGGCUUAAUUUUGAGGAUUUUAAGGUAAUUAAUACUGUUGAGAGAUUAUGGGAAAAGUUCGUAGAGUAUGUCAGAGCAUAUACUGAAAACGAUAAUCUCUUGAUAAGUGAAGGGAUAAAAAAAUCUAUAUGCUUCGAUUUUACGAAACACCUAAAUGCACUUAUCCCAAUUAUCAAAAAAUAUGAUGCAUCUUUUCAUCAAUUAGUAUAUCACAUGCGAUAUAAAGAACACAUAUCAAACCCAGAUAAAAUUGGCCCACCCGAAACUAUGAGAAAAAAUGAGAUAGUUAUCAAGCAACUAUUAUAUUCAAUAUAA